GCUAAUAUUGAAACUCAUGAGGACAAUAUUACGAGGAUUAAAAGAGAACUUCGCCAAGGCAGAAUAAUUGUAGAAAAUGUUGAAAAAAUCUCUCGUCAGUGUGAAAAAAUAGCCACCUUUCGCUUUGAACUAGAUGAAGUAAAUAAACAGCAAUAUCAAGCCCGUCAAGAA